AUGAAGCGCUCAACUGAUUUGUUCUUUUUGAACGGCCAGGUUCGUCUUGGGAAGUACCACGUCCUCACCGAAGACCGACGUGAAGUGGAAGUUAUACUGUCGCGUUUCGUUUGGAUGUCUGGGAAAAAGGGCGCAUUCCUAAAUUAUACAAAAGCUGCAAUGCUCGCAGCAGUGAAUGAUGUAAAUGCUGACGACAGGGAAUGUUUAACUGUGUUGGUAACUGGAAAUGCAAACAGUUUCGUAUCUCCUAUCACGAUAUUGUUCGUCUACAAGCGGAUAUCUCAAGAAAUUGCAGAUAACUUCCCUUCAGACUGGGGCAUUGGAAAAACUCAGAUACGUAGCAUAGACUUAGGAUCUAAAAGACCAAUUGAGCGUGGAAAAGGGACAUCAUUAUCCUUAAGCACACUCCGUGAGAGGGAAAGAGAUGCACAACAAAGUACCGGUUUCCUUGUGGACGAAUUUACG